UGACUGUUGCUGCUGCUGUUGCUGCUGGUGGUGUUGUUAGUGCAGCCAUAUUGUCUGUCAGUCAGUUUAUUUUAGCAGUGGUGACUACUGACUGCUUUCCCAGCCUUCACUGCCUCCUCUGACACUCAUUUUUACGGCCAGUCGAGAGAAAAAAAAAAAACCCCUUCUUUUUUGACGACACAAUCAUGGAAGACAAUGGAGACUGGACUGUUGUUGUAAGGUCUGGACCACAAAAUCCACAGGCUGGCCCUGGGGGUCCACCGUCAGGCCCACCACAGCCUGGUGGCCCUCCCGGCCCACCACAAGGCCCUCCUCAGCCUGUCCAGCAAAGUAAACGGUUGCAACAAACACAGGCUCAAGUUGAAGAGGUUGUAGAUAUUAUGCGCGUGAAUGUUGAUAAAGUUUUGGAAAGAGAUUCUAAAAUCUCUGAACUGGAUGACAGAGCAGAUGCACUUCAAGCAGGUGCCUCACAGUUUGAAGCAAGUGCUGGAAAACUCAAACGUAAAUUCUGGUGGAAAAACUGCAAGAUGAUCGCUAUUCUUGUUACCAUUGUACUUGUGAUUAUUAUCAUUAUCAUUGUCUGGGUGUUCGCAUAAAUACUUUGCGAUGUUCUGGGUAGCCAACAAAUAUGGCUAAUGUUUGGCAAGUGAAUGAAAAUAAGUGAAGCAUCUGGCUCCAGCAGCAGGACUCUUUGACCAAAGCAACAUAUUUAGUGUAGAUUUGUAGGGAGUGGGGGGAAGGGUGGGUCAGAUGGUUGGAUGAAUGUUUUUUUGUCAAGGCUGGACGUAGUAAGGGUGGGUGUAUACUCUGUACACAUUUGUGGGCUUUAUAUAUUUGUUCUGCUCUUCAAUGUGUAUGUGUAUGUGUGGGUGUUAGCUUGUGUGUGUAUUGUGUAUAUGUUAAUGUGUAUGAAUUUUGUAGAGACGUAUACUUAUGUUUAUACUCUCAGAAGUAUUACUAAUAUAAUAAUUAUGGACAUGUUAAUGUAAUUUGCAAUUGUUAUCUGAGAUCUCCCUGCCCCUCCCCUUCUGUGAAUGUUUUAGGAACUAUACGGUGUAUCUAUGUUGCUGCAUGUGUUGUCUUUCCAUUAUUUCUCUCAUCAUUUUGUUUUCUCUCACACUUCUGUGCAUUAUCUGCAUGUAUGCCUGCAUUCCUUCUCCUUGCUCUCCAGAUACCUAUCCUCUCCUAAUACCUUACAUUUCUCUGACACAACCAUGCUAUGCCCACUCACAACAUAGUGAAGAGAAGCCACUAAGCUGGCUUUUAAUGUAUUUAAUUAUAGUUUGUGAAAAUUUGUAUAAAUAAAAUUGUAAAAAAAACAAAUAAAAUAAACAAAAUAAAUAAAAUAAAUAAUUUAUGUAUAAAAUAAAAUCCACUUAAAAAUGGUGUGUUAGUUAUAAUAUCACCAUUAAAAAAUAUAUAUUGAAUAUUUCAUUUGGUUAGUAUAUGAUCUAUCACAGCAAUUUGUAAACACUGCUGGUGUAUGUGGUUGAAAUGGGGUUAUUUUUCCAUAUUAGUCAUAUAACUGAAAUUAUUUUAGCCAAUUCUUUUCUGAUAGCUUAAGAAAUAACUUAGACAUCUAUUGGCUCAUGUAUUUAAAUCAAUGAUGAAUGUGCUGUCAUAAACCUGGACACUAACAUUAUUUAUUUCCACAUAAAUAUUGUUUUAUAGUGCUGCUAUUGCCAUUAAUUUCCUUUCUAAAUUAAUUUUCCCUUCAUGUAAAUAGUUUCUGUAAAGUCAAUUUUCCCCCCUUCUCCCCUACCCCGUUAAUUCCCCUCACCCCCACCUUUUAUUUUUGUCCUUACCUGUUUUUGGCAGUUGCAAUUAUUCUUCAGUGUAACUAGAUAUUUACACAAGUAUGGCUCAAAAUACUUGUUCAUGAUGUACAACACAAUCUUAAAAUAGUAUUCUCUUACUUUGAUGAUGAAAUAAGAGAUUAUUAUUAUUAUUAUUAAAAGUAAACUCUUUAAAUUAGUGUAUGGUGGAUUUCCUAGCAGCUUCCAUACCUCUUAAUUUAAUAAAAUUGUGGUUAAAAAUUAAAAACGUAAAAAAAUCCUGAACUAUUAAGAUAUACUUUAUAGGCUGUUUGAAAAUAAAAUUUUGAAUGAAAUCUCUCUUCAAUUAUUUUUUAUUUGUUUAAAUUGUUUCAAAUUCCUAACUGUAGCUUGUGUCAAUGCUUCAUGAUGCAAUCUGAAUCUCGAAAAAAAAAAAAAGAAAAAAGAAAACCAAAAACCACCAAUGAUUCCCCCUCCCCUUCGUAUAUCUGUAAAUGAAUGUUUGCAUGUGAGGAAGACCUACUGGCAGCACUUGGUUGGUGUUUUUGUUCAGUCUGCUCUACACAAACCAACUACCUGUCUUGUUAUGAAAGAAAAGUACACUCUUUUAGGAGCCUUGGAUUAUUUAUUUGUAUUUAUCAAUUAACUUCUGUUAAUUAUCCUCUCUAACUUCCUUUUUAAUGUUUAACUCUAUAUAAGCUGCUGAAAUGGGAACCAGAUCUACUCAGUACACCAGUUGAUGGUGUGAGAUGUGUACAGCUCUCAGCCGAAAUCUGGUGCAGAUUAAUUCAUCAAGCAAUUCACUACCUUUAUGAAAAUUUUAAAAAAUAAUAAAAAAGAAAAAAAAAAAAUAUUGGAGAAAAACAAAUGGGCUCUGUAUCUUUAUAUAAAAGAUAAUCAGUUUCCAAAUCUAUUUAGCUCUUAUAGAUUACUGAUGAGAGAGAGAGCGAGAGAGAGAAAGAGAGAGAGAGCAACAAAAAAAAAAAAAAACAGAAACCAUCUAACGAAGCCUUUAAAUGCUUCCUUUUCACUUUCAUACACGUUAAGUAUUCUUAAUAAGUCAACACUGCUUGAGGAGACAGUGAGAAAGACCUAUCAGCCAAGACGGUUGCUUAAUGCCUAAUACAGCAGGAAAGCUAUAUUCACACUUCCUCUUCAUUUAAUCUAUCUUUCUCUGUUCCUUUUUAUUAUAACAGAGCCUUUCUGUUUCCCUUUUUCCAAAAGAAAGUUUAAUUUCCCUUUUAUCAUUUUGGCUGUUGCCUAGAAAUCUCACAGAUAUUACACAAAUCUCUCCCUCCAAAUAAGCAGCAAAAUCAACUUGAAAUCUCUUAUCUGAUUUUCAUUUUAUCUUUUCUUUCUUUUUUUUUUUUUUAUUCAUCUGUAUAUUUCACUUCUGGGUUGUUUAUUUUCUUUCUUUCUUUUUUUUCUUCAGUUCUCAACAAAAUAAAACUUGAAAUCAAAAAUAUGCCGCUGUAAUAAAUAUUCAAGUCUUGUUUUGUAUGAGAAAAUUACCGGAAAAAAAUAAACUAAAAAAUCCUUUAUGUUUAUAUAUAUAUAUAAUAUAUAUAUAUAUAUUUUUCUUGUUGUUCUCCAACAUUUUCCCCGAGUUCGGAUUGUUGGUUGUCACUAAUUUUGAAAUGGGUCUUUUAAAUAACUUCAUUCCAAGUCAAUAGCCCUCUGUUUAUUUGAAAGAUUCCAUUAAUAUUGUUAUCUAAUUCAUAGCAUUAACAUUUUGUUUUGACUAUUUAUCCUACUGUUCACUUAUAAUAAGCUUAUUUCUCCUCCUUUAAUCUCAUUUUAAUUUUUUUCCUUUUUUUUUUUUUUUUUUUUGUUUGGGCCUUAUACAGUGUAUGAUGGAUGUUGUCUGUAUUCAUUUAGAGGUCCCUUGGAAAACAGUGUAAAUUUGGGAGAAUUAUUUUAAAGGUUAAAGUUACACUAAUGAAUGGGAAGCCCGUCACUGAAAUUGAUUGUUGUCAUGACCUUUUUCUACUGCCCUUAUAUUGGCAAAAUUAGAUUAUUAUAUUAUUAUUCAUGUGUGUGUAUGAGUGUGAGUGAUUGUGUGUGUCUGUAUAAAUAUAUACAUAUAUGUACAUACAUAUAUAAAUAAACAUUUAGAUAUCCUUAGUAAAUUAAUACCAGUUCUGUGUGUGUGUGUGUGCAUGUGUGUGUACAUAUGUAUAUGGUGAUUAUUAUUAUUACUGUUAAGGACAAUGGCAGUCCUGCUACUGUAUUUUUAAAUACAAUUGUUGAGUGAGUUUGACCAAAUAUGGACAAUAUAGCCUGUCUCCUUAAUAGCCAGACGAACACACUCAUUACACUCACUGAUACACACAUUCUCUCAUACAACUCAAUGCAGAUGGACACGUCCCUUGCUUGAAAAAGUUUGACUUUUAUGGGGUUUUGUUUUUCCAUUUUAGUUGUUUUUAAGUUAUUUUCCCUUCCAACUAUUUCAGUGGGGGCACCCCUGUUAUGAUGCACAAGUUAACUUGUUAUCUUAGACUUAUGACUUGUAGUUGUUCAUGAAUAAAAAGAAAUGUAAUAAAAGUU